UUUCAGUUGGUACAGUGCGUGCACAGAACACGGACACAACAGAUAAAUACAACUCUACUGUUUUAUUUUACCUCUUUUCAUUUGUGUUUUCUUUUGUUUUCUCAUUCAUCACUACCGUUUCGUUUUGUUUUCUUUGCCUCGCCCUCAUUCCUUUUUCAAACCUCGAAACCAAACAAGGGUUUCUUUUAUUUCUUUUUUUUUUUUUUUAAUUUCCCAUUUCCCCUUCACUUCAGACUCCAAUUUUCUCCUCUCCCAAUUUGUUUCAUUCCUUGAUUGUCACCAAAACCGUUUUUCCCUCUCAUCUAUUCAAAUUUCCUGGAAUUUGCAACUAUGGGGUGUGUUUCAGAGAAGCCAAGCUGCAGGACCCUCUGUGUUCAUCUUCUCCGGUACCCAUGAUUGUUUUUGGCUGAAAGUUGUUAACUUGGUUGCUGGGUUUUGGUAACCCAAGUGGUUGAAGAAGGGUAGGGGAGGAAUCGGAGUAAUUGUUGAAAAAGUGGGGUUUAGGGUUUUUGGCGGGCUACGGAAUUUGUGAUUGAAUUAGGGUUGUUGAGUGCAUGAGAGGUAGAAUUGUGUUGUGAUGGAUGUGGAGGAAACUGAGGAGUUGGUGUCUUUGGACACAGAUUUGUUGCAGCUUCAGGAGGUGUCUCCUUUUGCACUGAAAUCGAGUCAUUGUGUUGUUGAGGAGCUAUUCACGCAGUGGCUUUCGCUUCCGGAUACUUGUCGCCUGGUUAAGUCAUUGCUUGCUGAUGCAAAGGCAGGAGCUGCUUUGAGUACACUUGAGAACUCAACAAGCACAAAUGCUCUGUCAAGCAAUUCUCUACCUUCCUUGUUUCCUGCCGGGAGUACACCACCACUUUCUCCACGUAGUUCAUCUGGUUCCCCACGCACCACAAAACAGAGGAAUAGUCCUUCAUUAGGAUCUCCACUAAAACUAGUCAGUGAACCUGUAAGGGAGGUCAUUCCACAGUUCUACUUUAAAAAUGGCCGUCCACCACCAAAUGAAAUGAAAGAGCAUUUCCUGUAUCAAAUUGAUAGUCGGUUUUAUGGCCAUGUGAAUGGUCUGCAAUUACAUGAAUUUAAGUCUGUUGCAAAAGAGCUCUGCAAACUUCCCUCAUUUUUCUCCACUGCUCUUUUCAGAAAGAUUGAUGUCAAUUUUACUGGAACCAUAACAAGGGAUCAAUUUAUAGACUAUUGGAUUCGGGGCAAUAUGUUAGCUAUGGAUUUAACCACACAAAUAUAUACAAUACUGAAGCAACCAUACCGAACAUACCUUGCACAGGAUGAUUUCAAACCUGUCCUGAGGGAACUAUUAUCCACUCAUCCUGGAUUGGAGUUUUUGCAAAGCACGCCUGAAUUUCAGGAAAGAUAUGCUGAGACUGUCAUACAUAGAAUAUUUUACUACAUGAAUAGGUCAGGAAAUGGCCGACUUACACUGAGAGAAUUGAAACGUGGGAACCUAAUUGAUGCAAUGCUUCAUGUAGACGAGGAAGAGGACAUUAACAAGGUUCUGAGGUACUUCUCAUAUGAGCACUUUUAUGUCAUUUACUGCAAGUUUUGGGAGCUCGACACAGAUCAUGACUUUUUCAUUGAUAGAGAGAAUCUUAUUAAAUAUGGGAACCAUUCUCUUACCUAUCGGAUUGUUGAUAGAAUUUUUUCCCAGGUUCCAAGGAAAUUUACCAGUAAAGUUGAAGGGAAGAUGAACUACGAAGAUUUUGUUUAUUUUAUACUUGCGGAGGAAGAUAAGUCAUCCGAACCUAGUCUAGAAUACUGGUUCAAAUGCAUUGAUUUGGAUGGAAAUGGAGUGCUGACACCAAAUGAAAUGCAGUUCUUUUAUGAGGAGCAGUUGCAUCGGAUGGAGUGCAUGGCCCAAGAGCCCGUGCUUUUUGAAGAUAUAUUGUGUCAGAUUGUAGAUAUGAUUGGACCAGAGAAUGAGGGAUAUAUCACAUUACGAGAUGUUAAAGGAAGCAAACUUUCUGGAAAUGUUUUCAACAUUCUUUUCAAUCUCAACAAAUUUAUUGCUUUCGAGACUCGUGAUCCCUUUCUCAUACGGCAGGAACGUGAGGAUCCAAAUUUGACCGAGUGGGAUCGUUUUGCACAUAGAGAGUAUAUUAGGCUUUCCAUGGAAGAAGAUGGCGAAGAUAUGUCAAAUGCCAGUGGAGAUGUCUGGGAAGAAUCACUUGAAGCCCCUUUCUGAGGUUUAAUUAGGUGAAUCAAUCGAAGGCAGUGUAUUGUGGCCCCUGAAUAUGACAUGACGGUAAAUGUCUACUAAUAGUGUGCUGUGCUCUAGAGAGAAGUUUCCCUGAUAUCUGUUUUAGUAAGAAACUAAGAAUAGCAAGUGCCCUGAACAGGGUACGAGCAGGUGCAGAUUUGUUGUUCUUGUUCAUAUACAUAUUUCUUAGAAUUAUCUUAUCAAAUUAAAUUUCUGUAAAAAAAUCAUGGAGAGUUUUUUACUUCAGUUUUUUGUUUCCUUCUUUUUUUUUCUUUUACAAAUUUCAUCACUGGUCAAUUGUAUUAAACUUUCAACGUUUUUCUUGUUAUACAGUGAAGAGAAAGUGCCAUAUCCUUUACCUAAGGAUCUGCAGUGCUGUUUUUUCUUU